AUGAAGACGUUCAUCCUGCUGUCGUUGUUCGUGGCCGGCGCUCUGGCUGGAUCCACCGAGGACGAUUGGUGGUCCAAGCAGGUCCGCAUUGACGCUGGCAGCAUUGCCGAGAACAAUGGCCGUAUCGUCGGAGGUUCAGUGGUCCCAAUUAGCCAAUUCCCGUACCAACUGUCGCUGCGCCAGAACGGCAACCACAUCUGUGGCGCUUCGGUUAUCUCGGGCAACUGGGCUCUAUCCGCUGCACACUGCACAUUCCCGAUGCCCAAUGUGAACUCGAUCUCCUUCCGUGGAGGCAGUGCUAGCCGAACGGCCGGUGGAUUGAUCUUCCAGGCCGCCCAGAUCAUCAACCACCCGCAGUACAACAGCAACAAUCUGAACAACGAUGUCUGCGUCAUCCGUAUCACCACCUCCUUCUCUGGUGCCAAUAUUGCGUCGAUCCGUCUGAUUGCCAAUGGAGGAAGUUUCGGUGCUGGUACCAACAGCGUCGUCUCUGGAUGGGGUCUUACCGCUCCGGGAGGAUCUCUCCCAGUCGACCUACGCGCAGUCAACAUCCCAGUCGUUGCCCAGGCCACUUGCAGCUCUCAGUGGGGAGCUGGACGCAUCACCGCCGCUAUGGUUUGCGCCGGCGCUACUGGACGCGACUCGUGCAACGGUGACAGCGGUGGCCCGCUGGUCGCUGGUGGACAGCAGUUCGGCGUUGUCUCGUGGGGAGCUGUGCAGUGCGGUGGUCCACUCCCAGGAGUGUACGCCAACGUUGGAAACGCUGCCAUCCGUAACUUCAUUUCGUCGAACACCGGAGUAUAA